AUGGUCCGUGCCUGCUUCGGACUGCUUGUUGGAGCAACAUGGGUAGCUCUUGUGCUCUAUACGCAAGCUGGGCCAAUAUCUGUGAUCGCGGGCUUUUCAAGGGACAUCGCCUUCCCGCCGUUGGUUGAGGGCAGGGAACAUGUCCGAAGCUCUACAGAGCUUGAUGCUGAAGCCUCUGACGCAUUGAAAGCUGAGAUUGUUGUUGAAGAUCGCGGCGUGGUCUCGCUGGCUGGCCGGAGCAGCUUGCCAGGCUCCCAACCUGAAGAGUCUGGCAAGGUACCUGAACCAGUCAGCGAAGAAGCGCAGCCUCAAGAUCAGAUUCCUUCCCAGUCUUCUGUCCUCGCAGGGGGAUUACAAACGUCCUCGGAUACAAGUGGCAGGAAGCAGCGCAAGUCACAGCUUGCUUACGCGCGAUUUCCUAAAACUGGCAGCCGAUAUGUUUUAUCGCGCUUGCGGAAGGUCACACAGUUUUCAGUGAUCCCAGAGAAGAAGGCCGUACGAGCAGUAGGCGUAGCGGCGCACGAGUUUCUGCUUGGGUCUGUGCGAAAUCCUUGCACAUCCUACCUCAGCCUUUGGGCUUUCCAGUCCGAGGCAAGCAGAAGGGCAGGUGUCAUGGUGAAUCUUCGCAAGCACGACCCGGAGGCAUACCAGCGGCUGGCUGGCCGCAAUUCUGCAAACGGUUUUACCAGCCCCGAGGAUGUGAAUCGCUUUCGCAACUGGAUCAAGUUCAUGGGGCAUGCGGAUGUCCAGCUAGGGUUGCUCAGCGGCCGGUUCCAUGGGAAGUACUUAUCGCGAGAUCGGGACAUGGACAUACUGGACAACGCGUUCCUAGUGCGAGGUCUUUCGAAGGAGGCAGCUGCUGAAACUGCAAAGGCACUACAGACUGCAAGUGUGUCUGAGCUCGCAGACUGCUGGUUGCACACAGAAUCCUUGGAUGCCGACCUGACACGUCUUGAAAACUUCGAGAGCCUGGGUGGACAGGUUCACUGGCCGAGCCUUGGAAUUUCCAGUUCUGGCCGCGGGGAGUCCCAACACGGCGGUUGCGAGACCUUCUUCGAUGAAGCUACGGCGAAGCUGGUGUUCGAGUUGGAUGGUUCCCUCUUCGAGAAGUUUGGCUACGACACCUGCUGUGGCCACCCGCGUCCGGCGUCAGUGCCUGCAGCGGAGCUUGUGCAGCCUCAAGCUGAUCUCCCUGCGACAUCCACCCUGGCAUGGCCAGUGUUGUCCAGAGGGCCGGCACCAGCUCCGCAGCCUCUGCAAACGGAGCAUGACAUGGCAGCUUCAGGAGUCCACCCGGACUCGUGGGCCUGGGGCGACCCGUUUGCGAAUGCUGUCGGCCGGCCGACGGAUCACACAAUGCAAGGGGCCUUGUGGGACGCCUCGGUCGGGCCUUGCUACGUGAAGGUCAUGGGCCCGAACGAGCGCAAGCUCCUGACGGUGAACCUUCUGACGCUGUCCUCCAUUCGCAGAGUGCUGGAUGAUCGGGUGCUGACAUGUCUAGAGAAAGAGAACUUGGCAGGAGCGGCCUGGUUGAGCAAGGCGAACUUGAUGAUGUUCCAAUGCAUCUUGUCUGGUCUUCCACGCACCUGCAGCUACCUUGCGAAGAUGCUCCCCUUCGAGAAGUUGAAGGCUUUCACAGAGGAGGAUGCUAGAAUCUUUGAAGAACAGAGGGAGGCUCAGCAUCUCUCUGGAAGGGGCUAUGCUCGAAAGUCACAUCUCUCUGUCCUUGGUCUCACUGGCUUUCGGCGACAGUGGACCCAUGUGAUCGGGCGGAAUGCGCUGCAGUUGGCAGUCUGGAUGGGUGAUGCAGACAUCCUGCAAAGCCUUUCUCCCAUGUCGGAGACGAUAGAUGCCGAGGGACGGACGGUCCUGGACUAUGUGCGGGCGCUGGGGUCACCGGUGCUAAAGCUGGCACUGCCAAAGCAAAGCCUGCCGCGGCCGCGCUCGCAGCAGACGCUGCGCUGCGAUGGCCAGGACUUUUCAUCUGCCACACAUCUGGGGUGGACGGAAGCAACGACCUGGCCACACUAUGAAGCCUGCGAUUUCGAGGUGGUGGACAGCCUCACAGAGGAGGAGCUGAGGUCCAGGUUCGUGGACAUGGGCCGCCCUGUGCUCGUUCGAAAUUUUGCUGCUGUGGAAGACCGCUGCGCGUUGGCCAAGAGCAGGGUCAUGCAGGAGCAUCGCUUCGAGCGGUUCAACCUAGGGCCCAUCGCGUAUCCUCAGCUGAUUGGGGCCAAGCCCUGUGAGAAGACCUUCACUGUGGAGGAAGCCGAGCAGGGGGCCAGGUGUUUCAGGCAUGGCAACACGUCGAACUACUAUGCUUCGCACUCGCCAGGCAUUUUCUCGAAGCAGCUGACGGAGACGGAGACCUUCGCGAAGGUCAAAAAGCUGAUUCCUCGCAUCAACCAGAUGUCCAAGCAGUACUUCUGGGGCGGCGACCGCAGUGGUGCAGCACUGCACUACCAUGUGGCUGCUUUUAACGUGCUCUUCAUCGGGGAGAAGGAGUGGUACGUGACACCACCUUACCUUGCUGCCAGAUCUGGCAUUCCGACAUAUGAGCUGUUCGACAGGUCAGGUAUUUCCAUGGACCACAUCUUUCGGUGCACCCAGUACGCCGGUGAUCUUGUUCUUCUUCCAGAUGGCUGGGGGCACGCCACUCUGAACCAUGGCUUCGGUGUGGGCAUUGGAGUUCUUUACAAUCUGCAAAAGUGA